CUGUUUCAACUUCCUCCCUACCCCAAACUUCUUCUUCCCUUCAACUAUAUAUAUACAUCAACAUUUACACAAGUUUAACAUCCAUAUAUACUAGCUAGCUUUGGUUUUCUUUUCACACCAUUUCCCUAGCCUAUAAUCCCCAACAUCCAUUAUCUAUAUAUACAUAUUUAUAUAUCCACUCAGGAUAUAUUACAUAACAUGUCACCUGGAAUGACAAUAUUUAGUGAAGAUAUCAAAAGGGACGAUGAUGAUAUAGAAAAUCAAUUUCUGAAAGGAGUGAAGCAGCUAGUUGAUAAUGGACUUCACAUGGUACCUAAAAAGUACAUACUUCCUCCUUCUGAACGUCCUGCUAAGAAUACCGAAGAUUCAAAUUUUGGCAAACAAAACCUACAGUUACCAAUCAUAGAUUUCUCUGAUUUGAUUGGUCCAAAUAGGCCCCAAGUUCUUCAAUCAUUGGCUAAUGCUUGUGAACGUUAUGGAUUUUUCCAGGUGGUAAACCAUGGAAUCUCAGAAGAUGUUAUCAACAACAUGAUGGAUGUGUGUGGAAAUUUUUUUGAUCUUCCAUUUGAGGAAAGAGGCAAGUACAUGACAUCUGAUAUGAGAGCAGCAGUUCGAUAUGGAACAAGCUUUAGUCAAACAAAAGACAAAGUGUUCUGUUGGAGAGAUUUCUUGAAACUCAUAUGCCAUCCUCUGCCUGAUUAUCUUCCCCAUUGGCCUGAUUCACCCGUGGACUUAAGGAAAGUGGCGGCUACCUACGCAGAAGAAACCAAACACUUAUUUCUAAGGUUAAUGGAAGCCAUAGUAGAGAGUUUAGGUAUAGUUGAAUCCAACAAAGAAGAAAAGGACAAUCUUAUCAAAGAAUUGGAAGAUGGAAGCCAGCUUAUGGCGGCAAAUUUUUAUCCACCAUGUCCUCAACCUGACCUAACCCUAGGCAUGCCCCCUCAUUCUGACUAUGGAUUCCUCACACUCCUUCUUCAAGAUGAGGUAGAGGGUUUGCAAGUCCAAUUCCAAGAACAAUGGUUCACGGUUCAACCUAUUAAUAAUACAUUCGUUGUUAAUGUUGGUGAUCACCUUGAGAUUUAUAGCAACGGGAAAUACAAGAGUGUGCUACAUAGGGUUCUGGUGAAUUCAAGUAAGCGUAGAAGAUCCAUUGCUUCAUUGCAUAGCAUUUCGUUCAACAGUACAGUGAGACCUUCACCUACACUCAUUGACAAAGCCAAUCCCAAACGUUAUGCAGACACCGAUUUUGAAACUUUUCUUGCCUACAUUUCAACCAACGAGACCAAGAGAAAGAGUUUUCUGGAGUCUAGGAAAUUGACUUCUAUCUUACUUGACUAAGAAAAGAAUGAACUAUUGAAGUCAAAGAAAGAAGGAAAAAUAAUUAUUAUUCAUAUAUAUUAAUUAAAGUGCCACAUAUUGCACACAAUAAUUGAUUAUUUACCUAGGGAAAAAUUUGUAGGUGCCUGUGCUUAUUUAAAAGAAAUUUUGAAUUUCAUUUUGCUCUCUAAUA